GCGGGGUCCAAUCACGUGCUUACGCGAGUCUCGAUCGACACCUGGAGUGUAUCGUCUCAAGAGGAGCGAAGAAAGUUGCCCAGGAACGGAGCAGAGAACAGGAAUAAUAAUAAAACCCGUGGCCGUCGUCGAUCAGCUGGUGGCUGCUGUUGUGGGGUGGAAGAGUUCUACGCGAGUGAUUCUAUACCUACGUGGUGAAGAAGGCUUUCGCGCGGUGUGUGAUUUUCUUAAUUAGCCGAUGGAAAAGCAGAUCGCGUGGAAGUAGUAGGAGUACUUGGAGUGUACGCUGCCUGCACCCACCGCCCAGAAUGGAAGAAAGUGCGCGGGCGAUUAAGUGCAAAAACGCUAUUAAAAAUAUAAAAUAAAUCGAAUUAAGUAUGUUAAACGGCUGAUAAACGGGUCGGGUGGACUUGUUUGCAGGAGAUGUUUUUGCUCCGUUAAUGGUUUUCGAGGAGGAAGAAAUUGCCGCAUUAUCUUAAGAGCCUUUGGCAAGGGGGGAAUAAGCAGCGAGUGGAACUACUCAUAGAUCGAGCCUGCAGUUGGAGCUCUUUUUAUAUUAAACAGAUAAAACGGGACAAGAACAAGCGAAUUAAAUAAAUAUAUGCGGACUGAGUACUGGCAGACAGACUUGAACCGACAGAGGGACAUAAGGCGCAGCAUAAAUUCUGUUGGUGCAGUUAGGAGGACCGAAUGCCUUCUGAAUGGGUCGCUGCUGACGGGCUCAAAGUCCCGAGAAGAAUCGACUGAGUAAACAAUAAAUAACUUGUUUGGAAUAUUAAAAUGUUUUGCUAGUUGGGCUAUCUUUACCGUAAGGUGAACGUGUAAUGGCUUCUAUGUGUUUCAAAUACUAAUUUUCCCAAUCGAGUGCCGCAAGAGUAGUGUAGUGACCUCGUAAGAACGGUGGUGGAGUAUUGAAGAUUAGAUUUUCCGCAGCUACAGAGUACUGCACGGAGCGCCAGUGGAAUUUAACUCAUCAGGGCCGUACUGCAGCAGUAAAACGAUCAAAAGAAGAAACUGCACCCACGGGAAGAGGAAACAGUGUUGAUCGUAUCAGCCAUCUGUGCCGUUCUUGCUCAUGUAAGGUUGUUUGUGAUCCUACUAUACACUGAUAGAAGCUCGGAAGAAAGAAGAAGAAUUAGUUCUGCACCUGAGAAGGAAGAUAAUCUAACGAUUUAACGACCUUCGAACGUGGGACCGUCCGUUGCCAGUGAAACAAGCUGCCAUUGCUACCACCUUCAAAGUGUCAGAAGGAAGAGAACAUCAUCAAUUGGUCGGCCUAAUCUCGUGCCAAAGUGGAUAUUUUGAUUGUUAUCGACAAAGCAAAGCGCGCAUGCGAUCUCUGCACUCAGACCGAACCUGUUGAUGUUGUUCCACUGUUGUUGUUGGUGUUGAUGCUGAACGAUCGCGCGAAUCAUCAUUUAUCAAGCUACGCAAACCAGAAGAAAAUUGUGUCUUUCCACCAGUAGCCCAACAACUUCGACUUAGUAGCCACGGGUUCGCUCUAAAUAAGGUACAUCGCCACCACCCAAGCCCAGACGGCGACGAUGACGACAGCGGGCUGCGGCAAAGCAUGUUGGACUCAAAGCAAAUAGUUUCAAGGUGGCAAUAAACACUAUCCGCGUGGAAGAGCCAGAGUAGUUAUUGGAAAAAAUAAAAGCAGAGCGAUGGUUGUAAAACAAAAUUAUGUUUGUCGGGUGAGGAAACAUCUGCUAGCAUAAGCGCGUAAGUGAAAAUAAAGCAAUGAAAUAAGUGAACACUUCGCGAUCUGGACUGUGGCGGGAAAAUGCGACCCUUUCAAACGGUUGGAUUGGGUGGCUGAAAGCUGAUAUGAGCUUGGUGAUUAAUGGAAUACCGACCGAAGGCAAGUUCUCACACUAACCACUGAACUAAGCUAAGAGCGGAGAGAACUCCGGUAUCAAGAUGAAGCUGCCUAAGGUGGACCUAUCUACAAAGUGAAUGACAGUGGGAGCGCGAUGUUCGGCUGAAUAGAGGAAAAAAGCAGUAGAAAAUAGUUGGUUGUGUGCCCUGGAGCAAUCCGAAAAAAAAACCACCGUGUUGUGAUCGCGUGUGUGCACUUGGUGAAAAAUCGUCGGUGCGUGUGAGUGUUGGUUAUAGUGUAUGUUUCCGCGAGGGAACUGGGCUGGAAAGCGCUACAAAGCAUCCAAAUCGAACGAUCCGCAGAGAAGCGUGAAUCCGAGCAUCCAAACCGGGCGAAAAGGGUUUUACAAUUUCUAUGUGAAAACUGUGCAACGACGACGAGCAGAGUCAGUGUCUCACGGUUUCAGCGCCUGGAAGAGCAGCGCAGCAGUCGAGGAAGUAUCGCCGGGCGGAUAAAUAGUUUAUAAAUAAAUGAGAUAAAAAUGCCUUCCGGAUAUCGACCGAAUGGGAUCAUUCAUCCCGCUAAUGGCCAUAUAAGUGAAUUUUCCGCGUACGACAACAAAGGAUUCCAAAGCAAUGGCGGUCCAAAGGUGCGAUCCUGGAUAAACGGUUCCACAGAUCAUCAGUCAACGUUGUCAAGGCCACGUUCAACCGAAGUCAUUACCGCCAACGGACAUAACGGUACCAUUCCAAAUGGCCGACCUCAUAAUGGCAUAAAUGGCAUGAAUGGAGGACCCAAUGGGGUGGUCACACGAGGGCCUGGUGGAUUACACGAGGAUUUGGAGUUCCCACCGACGACGAGAACUCUUUCCAAAAAGAAGCAAAUUGUGUGGAUGAGACCUCAUGACAUGUGCGGUCGACCUCAGUUUCGUCUGUCUCCUCCCGGUUCCCCACUGGCUGCCCGAGAGCUUCCGGAACCGGUUGGCCCCGGCGAUCCUAGCUUACUGGCAGCCUUAGGCUGUCUAUCGCAACUUCCCCGAUUGCUGGAACGAGUAGUUCCUCCGGAACAGACAUUCGAUACCUCCAAUGGAUACUGCGGAAUGUUCAAAUUCCGCUUCUGGCAGUGGGGCAAGUGGGUGGAGGUCCGAGUCGACGAUCGUCUACCGACACGGGGAGAUCGACCAGCUCACAUGCACUGUGCCCAACCGGACGUCUUCUGGGCUGCACUGCUGGAGAAAGCUUAUGCCAAAUUAUACGGAGGAUAUGCCUUCCUCAAAUUCGGGACAGUGGGACGUGCCUUACAGGACCUUACCGGAGCCGUCGUUCAGAGUGUCCCUCCGAGCGGACCACUGCUUGGGGGAGCUGUGCCAAGAUCAACAUUAUUAGUAGCAAUUAGUGGAGUGGAAAAGGAAACCAAACGACGGCGAUCUGGUUUGAUAUCGGAGCAUCCCUAUUGCGUUACGGGUCUGGCCAGGGUACGUGCCAAUUCAUCUGAUUCAUCCCAAGCCAGUGGUCAGUCAGGUGACACCAGUCUGAUACGUCUGCGAAGUCCGUGGAUCGGUGGCGAGUGGGGAGGAGUCUGGUGUGGUGCCUGGUCUGAGCGCAGCUGGGAGUGGAAUGCCCUCAAUGAACGGGAUCGGGAGCUGCUGUCAUCGAGAUCGUCGAGUGAUUGCGAGUUUUGGAUGUCUGUCAGUGAGUUUCUGUCGAGAUUCGUCGUGAUUUGGUUGGCACACAUUGGACCAGAUGAUUGGGCGUUGGAACCAGGCCUACAUACACGUACUCCAUGGCGGGCAGCUCUGGCGGUACGACAGUGGCGAGCUGGAUUCAAUGCCGGGGGUCCACAUAAGUUUAUCGAAACGACAGCAACGAAUCCACAGUUUAGAAUACGGGUACCGACAGGGCAUCCAGCGAAAGCUCACGUUGUUGUAGCAGUGUCUCAGAAGUACGAGUGUUACAGAAGCCGAAACUUCGAAGAUGAGGAGAUCGGUUUCACAAUUUACGAGGUCCCACCGGGUAUGCAACGGGUCACACCGCAAUAUGUUAGCGAGCAGAUGCCACUGGAUUUUGCACCACUGUCGAAUUUGAGGGAAAUUGCUACGUUCUUUGCGCUUCCGGCUGGGGAUUUCGUAGUCAUGCCUCAUUCCCAACAACACAGGGAAGGUCGAUUUCUACUGAGGAUCUUUGCUGAUCAACAUACGGACGUGUGGGAAGUCAACGAGGAAAAUCUAGUUAUUCAUAACAUUGCAGCGGAGUUUUGUGACGAACGAACGAUUGAUGCUAGAAUCCUCUACAAGCUCCGCUCGAGGUAUCCGCAUGAGAUAGAGUCAACCCAGUUGCAAGGCAUCCUUAAAGCCCAUGGUGGAAACAACCGAGGAUUCCGUGGAUUGGGAGGAAUCAACUGUGGCCCGUCGUUGGAACUUUGCCGAGGAAUGCUUGCCCUACGUGAUCCCGCUCUGGGUGGUCGACUUUCGAUAGAUCAUGUUCCAGCUCUGAUAGGAUUGAUGCGAUUCUGGAAGGCCGCCUUCCGACGAUGCGGACCAUCGUCUUCCGGUACAGCCACGCUUAGCCGGGGCAUCUGGGCUUCGAAAGUUUCAUCGUACUGCCUUCGGGGUCUUUUGUGGGCCGGAGGAGCCACCGCUAGCAAUAAGGUCCUGGAAGCUUUAGUCAGUAGGUUUUCACGGAAUCGGCAAAUCACACUCGAGGGGUACUUGCUGUCGAUGGCAAGACUACAUUUAGCACAUGAACGAUACCACAGCCUGGAUGCCAAAGCAAAAGCUAGCCCAUUAUCUUUAGAGGAGAUGAUCCUGAUGACCAUCUACUCGUGACGAGGCAGACGAACCUUAAAGAGAACCAAAGACCACUAAAUGACGACGGCGACUACUGUUAGCAAACUGCGGCACCUAGCUGGCUGGAGAGCAAUGCAAUACUUAUUCUAUUUAGGACUUUUACUACUUUUAGGAAAUUCUUUUAAAAUAAAACUCUUCAACUCUGAUUAUCGAUUCUAGUGAUAUUUACUAAACCGGUGAGAUAAAUUAUAAAUUGAAACACGAUUCUGAAACGAGUAACGUAAAACGAAAAGUAUUAUGGAAUGCAAAAUUUUCUAUGAGAGUAAACUUUAAUUUAUCAUUGUUAGGAGUAUGAUGCAAAGAAAGAAGGUUAACACAUAUUUUUAUAGCAAGGAUAUAUCUCUA